GUUAUUUAAACCCGGUGCACAGCAUGCUCUGGAUCUCUGCACCUCUGUGGCAUCACUCCGGUCAGCCACAGAAGAUUCAGGCAGCUCAGUUUGCAUUGGAUCAGGACUCCGGCUGUAACAAUGGGACUUUCACUAAGAGUGGUGUUGAUCUGGCUGGCGCUUGUUGGAGAGCUUCAUGCGACCAAAUCUUUCUCCAAAGGCAAGGCCCCAAGCUUCCAGCCCAGGGUUCAGCCUAGACGCCAUAUGACUCUGUACCAGCCUAAGCCUCAGUUCCGGCAGUAUGUGGCUCAAUACGAGCCUGAGCCUCAGACCCAGGUCCAGGUACUUCAGUAUGUGCCUCAGCAGCAGGUAGUUCAGUCCCAGGGGCCCCAAUACAUUCCCCAGCCUCUGGUCCGACGCCAGCCAAGGCCUGUGGUUCAGCACCAGGUGAUCGUUGUCCAGCCCCAGCCCGUGGUUCAGAGCAAGCCCCAGCCUCAGUCCCAGGGGCCCCGCUACCAUCUCCAGCCUGUGCUCCAGCGCCAGCCCAGGCCAGUGGUGCAGCGCCAGGUGAUCGUUGUUCAGCCCCGUCCCGUGAUUCAGAGCCAGCCCCAGACCGGGUAUGGCAGCCAAGGGUCCUACUAUCAGCCCCAGACCGGUUAUGGCAGCCAAGGGUUCUACUAUCAGCCCCAGACCGGGUACAGUGGCCAAGGGUCCUACUAUCAGCCCCAGGCCGGACACAGCGGCCUUGGGUACUAUCAGCCCCAGGCUGGGUAUAGCAGCCAAGGUUCCUCCUAUCAGCCUCUGGUUCAGACCCACCAACUGGUGCCACGCUAUUCCAAGCCUCUGCCACAAGUGUCUCUCAACCAGCCCAGGCUUAGAGUCCAGGCACCCAGAUAUCAGCCUCAGGCCCCCAGAUACCAAGCCCAGGCUCCUAGCUACAAGCCCACAUACCAGGCCCAGGCUCCCAGCUACAAGCCACAGGCCCAGGCCCAGGCUCCCAGCUACAAGCCACAGGCCCAGGCUUUCCACUAGACCACAUGAUGCAGAUUGAAGAUCUCUUCAGCUGUCUCAACUGGUCCUUUCUGGAACUGAAGCUUGAACCAAGUCUUGAGAAAAAUAAAAUAUUUUGCUGAAA